AAAAGAUGCUUGCAUGCCGCCCCUUUGUGGGCCAUUCCCCUGCACAUACGCGCUCUCGCGCUGAACUGAGAACCCAAUCAAUCGACCGUCGGGUGCGCCUCGCAUCGCGUAUCUCCGCUGCUGCAGCUCCAGGCGCUGCGGCCACUACCGCACCCGCCGAGGCCGCAUUAAGCACGCUCCGCCUCGCGGCCACCUCUCCCGGUGCUGUCCGCCCCUCGGAGGUGCUCCAAGCUCUGGUAGUGGUUGAAAAAGCCAAACUCAAGGCUGAUGACUGGCUGGCGACGUUGACGGCUCCGGGGACAUGCUGGCGGCUGGUGUACACCGUGCCCGGCAAGGACAUCACCGCAGCGACCAAGAAGCAAAAGGGCGGCGCAGGCGGCUUCUUCCCGCUGGCCGCCUGUCAGAAGUUCGACGCAUCUGGAUUUGAGAAUGGCGUCUUCCUGGGCCCAUUGGGACAUCUGACCUUUAAAGGCGGCUUCCAAAUGGAUGGGAAACUGCUCCACUUCGACGUGGCCACCAUGUAUCUGGGUCUGGGCCCCUGGCGCCUAGCAGUGCCGCUCAAGAAGGAGGUGCCGCUCAGUGACAUGGACAGCAAGACUUUCAAGAAGCUUCCCUUCUUCGUUUAUGCCUACGUUGGCUCGGACAUCGUUGUGGCUCGGGGCCGCUCCGGGGGCGUCGCGCUGUGGACCCGGGCUGGCCCCCAGUGGCUGGCAUCCUCGGGCGCCAUGCAGGUGUACAAGUAGACUCCUGCAGCCGCCGCCGGCCCGCGUUUUAUUCAGUGUUCACAUAAGAUGUGUGCCUCUGUGUGUGUGUCUGUGUGCGUGUCACUGUGUGUGCCAGAGAGAGUGUGUAUGUAUGUGUGUCUGUCUGUCGGUGCUGGGAAGAGCUGUUAAUUUUUCCUGCUUUGGGUUUUGAUGAGGGGAAGAGGGAUGGUAGUCUGCGGGAGCCUGGAGGUGGUUUCUUGUCGAGAUAUGCGGCUGACACACGUGAAAGGGCUCGCGAUUAAGGCGUUGAGCCGCAAAUAGUUUUGUUGCACGUUCACCAGACGUAUGCAGGGCGGGAGGUGAGACGUGAGCUGCAAGUGCGUCUUUAUAUCGACACGAACGCGGUUUUCGCUUUUGCGUGUGUAUGUAUGUAUCUGUUUAUGCAUUGAAGUGCUGUGGUGGUGGCGUAGAAUCGUCUAAGAACCAGAAUGUACCCUUCUCGCCCACCACCGUGCGUGUUACUAG